AUGAGUGAGGAAAAUGAGAGGGAGAUGCAGGAUAAGGUGCAGAGCAGUGGUUCUCAACCUCGGUCCUCAAGUACCCCCAACAGUUCGUGUUUUCCAGUGCCUCGUGUGGAAGGGCAGAGCACUUCUUCAAUACUUAGUACCAUACAAAGUUUAAUUAACGCAUUGACUCAAGCAAUAGCAAAAAUAAUAGCCAGUAUAAGCAAUGUACUGAAUCCGCCUGCAACAAGUAGCCCACCGGUCUCCACCAGUAGCACAGGAGCUAUCUCAAGCACAGCAACCAGCACGACACACACAACCGCAAGUACAUCCACAACUGGGACCAGUACUAAAUCAACUUUAACAAGUAAUACUGUGACUGCAUCCACUACUGGGACAAGCACUCAGCCGCAUACGUCAACUAAUACACCAACAGUUUCUAGUACGGCUCUUAGCAGCUCAUCACAUACGGCUAGUAGUCCUGCAAGUGCUACUGUGACUAGCGCAACCAAGCAACUCACAUCAACAGAAACUGCAACGCCUUUCGAUACUGGGACAAGUAACCAUUUAACAUCUACUUCUGGGACUAGUGAGCAAUCAAUAUCAUCUAGUCCAGUGACUUUCACCAGUGUCGGAACAAGAUUUGAAUCCACCAUUAACACAGUAUCUUCCAGAAGUAGCGAGGCCAGUAGUCAACCAUCAUUAACUAACACAAAUACAUAUUUGAAUACUGGAGUAAGUACCCAUCCAUUGACUAACACAGCUAUACCAUCUAUUUCUGAAACAAGUAGUCACUCAUCAUCAGCUGGUACAGUUACACAUUUCAGUAGUGAUACCAGUAUCCCAACUGCAUUGACCAGCACUACAGCAAGUGUCACUGAAACUUUUAAUCACUCAUUUCAAACUGGCAUAUUCAGUUCUAUAAGUACAGGAAGCACAGGCCAAUCAUUUGUGACAAGCAGCAGGGUAACGUCUAAUACUGAAAGCAGCAGUCAAUCACCAUCAGCCAAUACACUAGUAUCAUCUAGUCUUGGAACAAGUGGUCACUCUUCCUCCAGCACUACAUCUAUUACUUCCGGAACAAGUAACCAGCCAUCUACAAAUAAUGCAGUCAGUACAUCCAGUACAAAUACCGGUACCCAAUCGCUGGUAACUAACAGCCCAUCAACAUCACAUACUGAAAGUAGUAGCCAUCCACCAUCAGCCAACACACUAGUAUCUUCUAGUCUUGGUACAAGUGGUCACUCUGCCUCCAGCACUGCAUCUGUUACUUCUAUAACCAGUAACCAGCCAUCUACAAAUAAUGCAAUCAGUUCUUUCGGCACAAAUACCGGUACCCAUUCGCUUGUAACCAACAGCCCAUCAACAUCGCAUACUGAAAGUAGUAGCCAACCACAAUCAGCCAACGCACUAGUAUCUUCUAGUCUUGUUACAAGUGGUCACUUUGCCUCCAGCACUGCAUCUGUAACUUCUGGAACCAGUAAUCAGCAAUCUACAAAUAAUGCAGUCAGUACUUCCAGUACAAAUACUGGUACCCAAUCGCUGGUAACCAAUAGCCCAUCAACAUCACAUGCUGAAAGUAGUAGCCAUCCACCAUCAGCCAACACACAAGUAUCUUCUAGUCUUGGUACAAGUGGUCACUCUGCCUCCAGCACUGCAUCUGUUACUUCUGGAACCAGUAACCAGCCAUCUACAAAUAAUGCAGUCAGUUCUUCCAGCACAAAUACCGGUACCCAGUCGCUUGUAAGCAACAGCCCAUCAACAUCACAUACUGAAAGUAGUAGCCAACUACAAUCAGCCAAUGCAGUAGUAUCGUCUAGCCUUGGUACAAGUGGUCACUCUGCCUCCAGCACUGCAUCUGUUACUUCUGGAACCAGUAAUCAGCCAUCUUCAAAUAAUGCAGUCAGUUCUUCCAGCACAAAUACCGGUACCCAAUCGCUUGUAACCAACAGCCCAUCAACAUCACAUACUGAAAGUAGUAGCCAUCCACCUUCAGCCAACACACUAGUAUCUUCUAGUCUUGGUACAAGUGGUCACUCUGCCUCCAGCACUGCAUCUGUUACUUCUAUAACCAGUAACCAGCCAUCUACAAAUAAUGCAGUUAGUUCUUUCAGCACAAACACCGGUACCCAAUCACUUGUAACCAGCAGCCCAUCAACAUCACAUACUGAAAGUAGUAGCCAUCCACCAUCAGCCAACACACUGGUAUCGUCUAGUCUUGGUACAAGUUAUCACUCUGCUUCCAGCACUGCAUCUGUUACUUCUGGAACCAGUAACCAGCCAUCUACAAAUAAUGCAGUCAGUUCUUUCAGCACAAAUACCGGUACCCAUUCGCUUGUAACCAACAGCGCAUCAACAUCACAUACUGAAAGUAGUAGCCAUCCACCUUCAGCCAACACACUAGUAUCUUCUAGUCUUGGAACAAGUGGUCACUCUGCCUCCAGCACUGCAUCUGUUACUUCUGAAACCAGUAACCAGCCAUCUACAAAUAAUGGAGUCAGUUCUUCCAGCACAAAUACCGGAACCCAAUCACUUGUAACCAACAGCCCAUCAACAUCACAUACUGAAAGUAGUAGCCAUCCACCAUCAGCCAACACACUAGUAUCUUCUAGUCUUGGAACAAGUGGUCACUCUGCCUCCAGCACUGCAUCUGUUACUUCUGGAACCAGUAACCAGCCAUCUACAAAUAAUGGAGUCAGUUCUUCCAGCACAAAUACCGGAACCCAAUCACUUGUAACCAACAGCCCAUCAACAUCACAUACUGAAAGUAGUAGCCAACCACCAUCAGCCAACACACUAGUAUCUUCUAGUAUUGGAACAAGUGGUCACUUUGCCUCCAGCACUGCAUCUAUUACUUCUGGAACCAGUAACCAGCCAUCUACAAAUAAUGGAGUCAGUUCUUCCAGCACAAAUACCGGUACCCAAUCGCUUGUAACCAACAGCCCAUCAACAUCACAUGCUGAAAGUAGUAGCCAUCCACCAUCAGCCAACACACUAGUAUCUUCUAGUCUUGGUACAAGUGGUCACUUUGCCUCCAGCACUGCAUCUGUUACUUCUGAAUCCAGUAACCAGCCAUCUACAAAUAAUGCAGUCAGUUCUUCCAGCACAAAUACCGGAACCCAAUCACUUGUAACCAACAGCCCAUCAACAUCAAAUACUGAAAGUAGUAGCCAUCCACCAUCAGCCAACACACUAGUAUCUUCUAGUCUUGGUACAAGUGGUCACUUUGCCUCCAGCACUGCAUCUGUUACUUCUGGAACCAGUAACCAGCCAUCUACAAAUAAUGCAGUCAGUUCUUCCAGCACAAAUACCGGUACCCAAUCGCUUGUAACCAACAGCCCAUCAACAUCACAUGCUGAAAGUAGUAGCCAUCCACCAUCAGCCAACACACUAGUAUCUUCUAGUCUUGGUACAAGUGGUCACUUUGCCUCCAGCACUGCAUCUGUUACUUCUGAAACCAGUAACCAGCCAUCUACAAAUAAUGCAGUCAGUUCUUCCAGCACAAAUACCGGUACCCAAUCGCUUGUAACCAACAGCCCAUCGACAUCACAUGCUGAAAGUAGUAGCCAUCCACCAUCAGCCAACACACUUGUAUCUUCUAGUCUUGGUACAAGUGGUCACUCUGCCUCCAGCACUGCAUCUGUUACUUCUGGAACCAGUAACCAGCCAUCUACAAAUAAUGCAGUCAGUUCUUCCAGCACAAAUACCGGAACCCGAUCACUUGUAACCAACAGCCCAUCAACAUCAAAUACUGAAACUAGUAGCCAUCCACCAUCAGCCAACACACUAGUAUCUUCUAGUGUUGGUACUAGUGGUCACUCUGCCUCCAGCACUGGAUCUGUUACUUCUAUAACCAGUAACCAGCCAUCUACAAAUAAUGCAGUCAGUUCUUUCAGCACAAAUACCGGUACCCAUUCACUUUUAACCAACACCCCAUCAACAUCGCAUACUGAAAGUAGUAGCCAUCCACCAUCAGCCAACACACUAGUAUCUUCUAGUCUUGGUACAAGUGGUCACUCUGCCUCCAGCACUGCAUCUGUUACUUCUGGAACCAGUAGUCAGCCAUCUACAAAUAAUGCAGUCAGUUCUUCCAGCACAAAUACCGGUACCCAAUCGCUUGUAACCAGCAGCCCACCAACAUCACAUACUGAAAAUAGUAGCCAAUCACCAUCAACCAAUGCACUAGUAUCUUCUAGUCUUGGUACAAGUGGUCACUCUGCCUCCAGCACUGCAUCUGUUACUUCUGGAACCAGUAACCAGACAUCUACAAAUACUGCAGUCAGUUCUUCCAGCACAAAUACCGGAACUCAUUCGCUUGUAACCAACAGCCCAUCAACAUCACAUACUGAAAGUAGUAACCAAUCACCAUCAGCCAACACACUAGUAUCUUCUAGUCUUGGUACAAGUGGUCACUUUGCCUCCAGCACUGCAUCUGUUACUUCUGGAACCAGUAACCAGCCAUCUACAAAUAAUGCAGUCAGUUCUUCCAGCACAAAUACCAGUACCCAAUCGCUUGUAACCACCAGCCCAUCAACAUCACAUGUUGAAAGCAGUAGCCAUCCAACAUCAGCCAACACACUAGUAUCUUCUAGUUUUAGAACAAGUGGUCACUCUGCCUCCAGCACUGCAUCUGUUUCUUCUGGAACCAGUAAUCAGCAAUCUACAAAUAAUGCAGUCAGUUCUUCCAGCACAAAUACCGGAACUCAUUCGCUUGUAAGCAACAGCCCAUCAACAUCACAUACUGAAAGUAGUAGCCAUCCACCAUCAGCCAACACACAAGUAUCUUCUAGUAUUGGUACAAGUAGUCACUCUGCCUCCAGCACUGCAUCUAUUACUUCUCUAACCAGUAACCAGCCAUCUACAAAUACUGUAUUCACUUCUUCCAAUGCUGAACCUAGUGCCCAAUCGCUUGUAACCAACAGUCCAUCAAAUACUGAAAGUAGUAGCCAUCCAUCAUCAACAACAAACGCACUAAAAUCAUCUAGUCCAGGAACAAAUUCUAGUAAUGGAAUAAGUGGUCAAACUGCAUCCAUAGGAACCACAAAAACUAUUAAUAACACAAGUAUCCAGCCAUCAUCAACUAACUCAUUCAUCAGCAACGUAGUAACACAAUCAACUAUCCCUCUGACAUCUUCCAAAACUGGAACAAGUGGUAAAAUUCUAGCCAGUAGUAAUCCUUCAACUGUUCCUGUAACAAGUAAUUAUCUGUUCACAAGUAUUCCUCAUAUUUCUACUAAUACUGGAGCUAAUAACCAAUCAACUGUUACUAGUCACACUACAACUUCAAAUAUUGGGAUCACUAGCCAACUAGCAUCAGCCAACAUACCAUUGUCUACCAGUGUUGGGACAAUUGGCCACUCUACAGUAACCAUUACACCUGUAAUUAUUCCAGGAACUAAUAACCAACCAUCUACAAGUUAUCCAGGUACUCAUUCUAGCCCAGGAACAAUCUACCAAUCAUCUGUGACUGCUGGAUCCAGUAGCCACUUAUCAUCAACAAACAACAUCAACUCUUCAAGUACAGUAACCAGUAGCCAAUCAUCUGUCAGUAAUAAUGUUGCUACAUCAAGUACUGGUAACCAGAAACUUACUACAAAUAAUACGACUGUACCUUCAACUACUUUGAUCAGUAUUAAACCAGCUUCGACCAACAGCAUUACAUAUUCCACCACUGCAACCAAUAGUAACACUGUAUUAACAAGUGGUCAUACUGUAGUGCCCUCAACAGUUACUGCAGCAAAUAUCCAAUCAGGCAGUAGCAAAGGAAUUAGUUCUAUUACAGAAGUAACUAGCACACCCCUAUCGGCAAAUGUAUUGUCAUCUUCAAGUUUAAGUACAAGGGCCCAAACUGGAGGAAACACUCAAACAGUUCCCACCAGUAACACAGUAACAACACUGACCACAACAACACCCAAUAGUCAAAAAACAUCCACCGGUAAUCCUGCAAUUUCAUCAACUAUAUUAUCCAGUAUAAAACCUACAACAACCAACAGUUUGAUAAGUUCUCCUAGUACUACAGCAACUAGCAGAACACCUUCCAUUAAUAACACCUCUGUUGUGUCAACUUUAUCCACAGUUACCCUACCAACAUCAACCAAUUCAAUGGCAUUUUCCAACUAUGCAACUAAUAACGGGAAAACUUCUACUAAUAGCACUACUGUCUCUUCAACUAUUUUGACCAGCAUUAUACUAGCUUCAACCAACACAGUGACAUCCUCCACUACUGCAACCAGUAUCCAGAAACCUUCUAGUAAAAUUACUACAGCUUCUUUACCUACUGCGAACAAUACUGAACCACCCUCAACCCAUACAGUGCCAUCUUCCUCUACUGUAACCAGUAACCAGAAACCUUCUACUAAUAGCACUACUGCCUCUUCAAAUAUUUUUACCAGCAUUAUACCAGCUUCAACUAUCACAGUGACCUCUUCCACUACUGCAACCAGUACCCAGAAACCUAUCACUAUUAGCAAUGCAUCAUCUUUAACUACAGUGAGCAGUGCUAAACCAGCCUCAACCAACACAGUGACAUCUUCCACUACUGGAACCAGUAUCCAGAAACCUAUCACUAAUAGCAAUGCAUCAUCUUCAACUACAGUGAGCAGUGCUAAACCAGCCUCAACCAACACAGAGACUCCUUCCUCUAGUACUACCAGUAACCAGAAUCUUUCCACUAACAGCACUAUAGCAUCAUCAACUACUAUUACCAGUACUAAGCCAGUGUCAACCAUCACAGUGACAUCUUCCACUACUGGAACCAGUAUCCAGAAACCUAUCACUAAUAGCAAUGCAUCAUCUUCAACUACAGUGAGCAGUGCUAAACCAGCCUCAACCAACACAGAGACUCCUUCCUCUAGUACUACCAGUAACCAGAAUCUUUCCACUAACAGCACUACAUCAUCAUCAACUACUAUUACCAGUACUAAGCCAGUGUCAACCAUCACAGUGACAUCUUCUACUAAUGUGACCGGUAAUAGAAUACCAUCCACCAGCAAUUCUGCAAUUGCCAGUACCAACUCAACCAUAACAGUGACAUCAUUCUCUACCACAUCGACUAGCCAAACUGUUAAUAGCCCCUCAAGUUCAACUACAAAGACUUCAACAAACUUGACAGCAGUUUCUACUAGUACCACCACAGGAAGUUCUACUACAAUUACUACUAGUACUACAGGCAACCAAACAACAACUCAUAGUGCUUCCAUACCAACCUCUCAAAGGAGCACCAUGAGCACUACAACUGCUACUAAAAACAGUGGGCAGACGGUGACAGCUGUCAGCACAUCAAGUGGACCUACAAGUGGAACUAACAGCCGACCAGCAUCAACACUGGUCAAUAACACCACAAGUGCAACUGUAACUACAGGAGUGAGCACUGCUAUACCGUCAACUGGUCUUCCAGACUGGGGCAUCAUUCUCAUCUCGCUUGCUGCUAUUCUUGGUGCUUUUUCAAUUAUAGCCUCAAUCUUUUCAAUUCUCUACUGCAUACGAAGAUUUGGAAGAAGCACAGUUUACAACGUGACUGGUGUCUAA